AUGAGGGAACCAGAUUCAGCGGCUGACCUUUCCGUGCUCUCCUUUUCCCCAGUCACCGCCAUGCCAACUACCAAUGAUGGGUGGCCUGAGGAAUUUGGGUUCAAGAUCAGCGGGAAUGGCCCUUGCUACAUCUUGGCAGUGGAAGAAGGGAGCAGCGCCCAGCUGGCCGGCCUCCAGCUGGGAGACCAGAUCCUGGAGAUUGAAGGCCAGCACGUCUCCUCCAUGAACGCUGAGGCGCUGGUUGCCCUGGCGAGGCAGUGCGAGAACGUGCCCCCCAGCAUUGGGGUGGUCUCGCGCAUCCAGCAGGUGGAACUCAAGCCGGGCCAAGAGGGGCGCUUUGGCUUCACUCUGGCGUGCGAGGGAGGAUGCCCCUUGCAAGUGGGGAGCGUGGAUCCUGCCUCGCCAGCCUCCGAAUGCGGGGUCAAAGCUGGAGACUACAUCCUGGAGAUCAACGGGACCCCAGUUAAGCUCUAUGAAGAGGCGGCUGUCAUGAUCCAGGCGUGCCAGGGAAAGGGCCUCAGGUUGGGGCUCCUGCGCCUCGGGCGGCAGCAGAAGUGGGCCAGCAGCAGCGUGCGGGAGUUUGUCCAAAGCGCUGACGCCAUCCAUCAAGAGCGGAGGCAGAAGGCGCAUGAGUUCAGCAAGAAGGUAAGGCUGUCUUUGAAACAGGAGCCUUCGGCAGAAUUUGGACUACAAGUCCCAUCAGCCCCAGCCAGCACAGGAAUGAAAGGAAUUGUGGUCCAGAUCAUCUAG